ACCAACAUGCUGCCGCCGCAGCACCCACCCCUACGCGGCUGAGAGCCCCCGGCUUUUAAAUAGCAGCUCCCGCCCCCCACGAUCGAGCGGCCUUCUCAUUGGCUACUAGCGCUGAGACUGGCGUCAGAGCCCAGCCUAUCGCUGCUCUCCACGAGCCUCUCCGGCGCCGGAGACGUGGAGCUGAACGGGAAACACAGCCGGAAGAGAGGGCGGUGCUAGGGGAGACGGAUAGGCCGGGAGGCCAAUGAGAAGGGGAGGCCGGGAGCGGCGUAGCCAAUGGUGGUGAGCGGGGGUGGGGCAGGGCGGAGCGCGGAGACGAGCCCGGGUCGGGUGCGAACGGGAGCCGGCAGCCGGACAGCCCCGGAUGGCGCGGGGUCUGACCCAUGAGAAAGGAGAUGCUCCUUGUGUCCACCCCUGGGACCAGAUGAAUCUUUUGUCGAUGGCUGUGGUGGCGGAUCCUGAGCUGAAAUGGAUGAGUCUGUGGCUCCGUGUCAGAUGGGCAGCAGUGCUAAUGGUCCUGGUGGGCUCUCUGUUGGUGCUGUUACUCCCACUGGCUGCAGUAGAAGAGCAGUGUCAGGCAGUGCUCAAAGGACUCUCCUUCCUCAAAAAUAAAUUGGGAAUAGGCUAUGUAGGAAUUACCAGGUACACAGGGCAGACAACUGGACUCAGCGUGACUUCAGGUAGAUUAGAGCUGAUGGUGCUGAAAUCCAAACCCUCCCCAGAAAUCAAAUUAGAAGCCAAAGCAGCUUUGAAUCAGGCCCUUGAAAUGAAACGGCAGGGGAAGCGUGAGAAAGCCCAUAAACUCUUCAUGUACGCCCUCAAGAUGGAUCCAGAUUAUGUGGAUGCUCUAAAUGAGUUUGGCAUCUUUUCUGAAGAGGAGAAAGACAUCAUUCAAGCAGACUACUUGUACUCCAAAGCACUGACCAUUUCUCCUUGUCAUGAAAAAGCUCUGAUCAAUCGGGACCGAACUCUGCCCCUGGUUGAAGAGAUAGACCAGAGAUACUUUAGCAUUAUUGACAGCAAAGUUAAAAAAGUGAUGUCAAUCCCCAAAGGUAAUUCAGCCCUGCGUCGAGUGAUGGAAGAGUCCUAUUACCACCAUAUUUAUCACACAGUUGCCAUUGAAGGGAACACAUUAACACUCUCUGAAAUCCGGCACAUCAUUGAGACCAGAUAUGCUGUUCCUGGGAAAAGUCUGGUGGAGCAGAAUGAAGUCAUUGGUAUGCAUGCUGCUAUGAAAUAUGUAAAUACCACCUUGGUAUCCCGAAUAGGCACCGUAACCACCAGCGACAUUUUGGAGAUACACAGGAGAGUGCUGGGCUAUGUGGACCCAGUGGAAGCUGGGAGGUUUAGGACUACCCAGGUGUUUGUAGGACAUCAUAUCCCACCCCAUCCUCAAGAUGUUGAAAAACAGAUGCAGGAGUUUGUACAGUGGAUCAACUCCGAAGAUGCCAUGAGCUUACACCCUGUGGAAUUUGCUGCCUUAGCCCAUUAUAAACUGGUCUAUAUACACCCGUUUGUAGAUGGCAAUGGAAGGACUUCACGCCUGUUAAUGAAUCUCAUACUAAUGCAGGCAGGCUAUCCACCCAUCACAAUCCGUAAGGAGCAAAGGGCAGAGUAUUAUCAUGUCUUAGAAGCAGCCAAUGAAGGAGAUGUGAGACCUUUCAUACGCUUCAUUGCAAAAUGUACUGAGACCACUUUAGAUAUGCUGCUUAUUGCUACAACAGAAUAUUCAGUUGGUUUACCUGAGGCUGACGGCAGCACUGCUCGCUACAAGCAAACUAUUCCAGUCAAAACUUGAAUGUUAUGAUGAUCCAAUGACAA